CCGCGAAACAAACAAAAGCCCUCACAACCGCUGCAAGCGUGUCCGCCUUUUGCCUUUUGCGCUUUUGCUUGUUUAUUUUUUUUUUCGCACUUUUUUUUUUCCUUCUCACGCACGUUGGCUGCAACUCGCGCAAGGACCUGCAACACCCACUCGCUCACCCACACAACCGCGCCUCGUUUGAGCCAGCAAGAAGCAGCCCAGCCCUCAACUCUUUGUCACACACACACUCUCUCCCACUCUUGUGCUCACGUCAGCCAGCCUGCCAGUGGGUGUCCCCAUCAGUCAGCCAGCAAAGGGCCAGUCGGCCGAGUUCAUGACGCUCACAGCCAUGGACCCUUCCACCUUGCCCACCUCGUCUGCGGACACGGGGCCUGGCUUGACAAGCACCACCGACAACCCAACCACCACCACCGCUGCUGCGUCUUCCGCACCACAAGCAGCAGUAUCAACCACCACCUCUGCAGACACAACCGACAACAACAAAUUGCUAUCCGAGCCAGCAACCAACACCGCCAACAACAAAGCCCGCGUGGAUGACACCAACAACGCAGCCACAAAUGACACCAGCCAAGACACACCAACGACACACACACAGCAGCAAGAGCACCAACACCAAUCGUCGGCGUCAACGCCUGCACCGCACUCGCCACAAUCAACCACAUCGACGGCCGCGGCCGCAGAGCAGCACCUGCCGUCGACAGAGCCAGCGAGAACAGACUCCACGGCGCUAUCGGAACAGCCACAGCCGUCACCGAUUGUUGUGUCCUCAACCCCGAGCGAUGCGCCCAGUCCAGCGCCCGCAACGCCCUCUGCGUCCUCGUCUGCAACAAAGCCGCGUGGCAGGUGGACGAACCAGCUCAAGUUUAUGCAGGAUGUCGUGCUGAAACGCCUGUCCGCACUCGACUCGAAGCACUGGUUUGCGCAGCCUGUCGAUUGGAAGGCCCUCAACAUCCCUGACUACCCGACCAUUAUCAAGCAGCCCAUGGAUCUUGGCACCGUGAGCAAGAAGCUGAAGGAGAGGACGUACACAUCUGCUCAGGAAUGCAUCGAUGACAUUCACCUCAUGCUCAACAACUGCUUCGUCUACAACCCAGCAACCAACCCUGUACAUAUCAAGGCGCGCGAGUUGGAGACUGCAUUUGAGCGCUGUCUGCACCGCCUCCCGCAGCCGGAGAUGGACGUGUCACUUGCUGCGACGAUGCUGCCCAAGCAGACGCCGCGGCCUGCGCCCUUCACCCCGGGCAACGGCGUGUAUGCGCGCCGCCACUCGCGUCGCACCGUCCGCCCGCCAACCCGUGACCUGCCAAGCCCAGCCAACCACCCGCAGACCAAGGCCCUGCGCGAGUGCCGCAAGAUCAUCUCGGAGCUGUUUAGCAAAAAGCACGCCGAGUACGCGUGGCCGUUUUACGAGCCCGUCAAGGCGGACGAGCUCGGGCUCUCGGACUACCGCGACUUUGUGGACACGCCCAUGGACCUGGGCACGGUGAAGAAGCGCAUCGAGUCGGGCCACUACUCGGACGUCGACUCGUUUAUCGCGGACGUCAGGCUCGUGUUUUCAAAUUGCUACAAGUACAACCCGAGCACAGACCCCGUCUUUGGCAUGGCAACAAAGCUCCACAACGUGUUUGAGUACAGCCUUGCCUCUGCGCAGCUGGACGAGCCCUCCACCGGCAGUCGCCGCGGGUCUGCGGCCGCCACCCCAGCAGCAACGCGAAAGGCGUCGGCCGCGCCAACGCCACUCAGCGGUGGCACAGCCACAACCACAGGCACGGGCGCAGGUGCCGGCGGUCGGGGCAAGCGCCGUCGCAGGCGCGGGCGUGACGACGACACGAGCGACAGCGACGAGGACUACGAUGCCGAGGGCGACUCGGCAGCGGAGGAGGAAGAUGUGGAGGAAGCAAAGCCCAAGCGCACAGCAUCCGCAGCGAAGGCACCGGCCAAGCGCGCAAAGACAACGACAUCAACUGCUGCAGCAACGGCAGGGAAAGGCAAGACAAGCAAGGCCAAGGCAGGCGCGGCGGCGUCAAAGGCCAAGGGCGGCAAGGCAGGCGCUGGUGGCGGCGGCGGCUCGGGCAAGCGCAAGCCCACGGCGUCGGCAACAAAGAAGCGGCAGCGGAAGAAGGCUAAGCAGGUGGACACGUCUGAUUCUGACGACAGCGAUGCCUCGUCGUCUGAAUCCGAGUCUGACUCGGACCUCGACCUGGACAGCGUGGACCCGCUGGUGCUCCUGGCCAACAUGUACAAGGACCGCCUCUCCAAAAAGAAGAAGAAGAAGCAGAUGAAGAAGAAAAAGAAGCAGCAGCAGUCGACAAGCAAGAAGGCCGGGGCGAGCUCCCGCGCCUCAAAGUCAAAGAAGACCACCAAGGCCAGCGGCGGCAAGGGCGGCGCAUCAUCAGCGUCGUCAUCGUCCGCUGCGGCGUCCAGCACCGCUGCUGCGGCGUCUGCGCUGGCGAAUUUGACGCCGGAGCAGCUGCAGGCCAUCACGGCUGCGGUCGGGUCGGGCGUGUUCAACCUGCCCCAGGGCGGUGCUGCGGGCGCCAAGAGCGACGACACGGGCACGAGCGGCGCCGAGACAGAGGCGUCGACGCCGGCAAAGGGCGGACGCAAGGCCCCGGCAGGCGGUGGCGGCGGUGGCGCUGCUGCCAAGGCGAAGCAAAAGCCAAAGGCAAAACCAAAGCCAAAGCCAAAGCCAAAGGCCAAGCCCGCGGCAAAGCCAAAGCCAAAAGCGGCGCCGCCACAGCGGUCUGUGACAGCCAUGUCAGACAGCGACUCUGGCUCAUCGUCAUCGUCAGAGGAUGAGGAGGACGACGACACCCCGUUCACAUACGACCAGAAACGACAGCUCAGCCUCGAUAUCAACAACUUGCCGAUGGAGAAGCUGCCGCGCGUGGUGCAGAUUAUCAAGAACUACGAGCCAUCCCUCACCCACACCAACCCGGACGAGAUUGAGAUUGACUUUGACAAGCUGCGGCCCCGCACCCUGCGCGAACUCGAGCGCUACGUGCGCAACUGCCUUAAAGGUGUGGCAUAAUCCCAUCCAUCCACCCACCCAUCCAUGGCCCGCCCCUCGCGGCUCUGUGAACACUGACACUUGUGUUGUUGUCGUCGUCCUCGUUGUGUCUGAGCGGUGUGGGUGACUGUUGUUUGCCGGAGAGAAGAUCCUUUCCCUCCUACAUGGUUACGAUUUUUUGUUGGUGUGAACGUGAACCACUGUGCGUAGGUAGUUCACGUGGUGUGUCCCUUCCCCUCCACCAAACCCGCAGCUUUCUUUUCUCCUUCUCUCUCUAUCUGUGUUAUUUCUGGGUUGCGGUGCACGCCUUGCCCCCCCCCCGUCCUUCUCCGGACCCCAUUCUUUGUUGUUCUCAAGUCACGUGUCGAUUGAUGGCGUGUGCUCGACGUCCAACAUGACAUUUCUCUCCCAGCCUAGCUUUAUUUCCUCUUUUUGCCUCUGGUUAAUAUUUUGCUUGGCUUUGCAGCCGUGUUCGCCACCCAGUCGUUGCUCUGCACACGCGCGCACGUGCGUGCCUUUUCUCCCCCUCUUCUCUCCUCCUUUCUCCUCGUCCUCUCCCCCGCUCCAUGUCCUUCUUUGCAUGCAUUGAUCGGCACUGUCCCAUCUGACGUGUGUCAUCAACACUGCGUGUGCACUGCGUUGCCUGUCAACAGCUUGAAGCCUCCCCCCCCUCCACAGUCCCUCAUGGGUGUGCUGUCGUGUUGAGGACGAGUGUGCGCCUUCUUGCAUGCACCGGCGUCAUCUUUCCGCCCAAUCACAACAGAGACAGGCUUGCUCGCUGGCUCUCCUCAGCCUCUCUUGUUCCCUUUUCGCUUUGCCAUCUCGCUCGAUUUGUUCUUCCCUCUCGUAUGUUUCUGGUGGCUGGUCUCUCUUCUUUCCUCGCUUGUGUACACAUCUCUCUGUGUGUAGCUUUUCGUUUGGGGGCCACAUCUCUCCGUCGUUGCUUUUCUCGAUGUCGUCAUUGUUCUGUGCAUAAUUCUUUGGCGGCUACCGUCUCCCUUUGUACUUCCUCCCUUGUACUUCCUUCCUUCCUUCUCUUGCUUGUGGGCCGCAUGCCACGUCCAUGGUGUGUCGUGUUGUGUGUCCCCAGCCCAAUCCCUCGCCUUUCUUUUUCGCUCCCCCUUUUUCUGCCCCCCAUUAAAUGAUAGCAUAUUUGAGCAACCUCUAUACCUUGUCAGCCAUCAAGUGCUUGCUUCCCAACGUGUCAACAAGAGAGAGGCCUUUUGUUUCUCGUGUUUUCUCUUCCUGAAAGGAUCUUCUCUCCACGUCCGGUGUGUGCGUGUGAUGU